GUAGCUUGCUACGGUAAACUGAUGCGGCAGCGCAAGUCUUCAUUGUCACUGGCAGCAUGACUCACAUGACCUCAGAUGACCCCAGCCCAAGCCCCCACUCACCCUGCAUGAGUCACGAGGGACAAAGCGGCCAGAGAACAGAUACGAAUGAGGCCAGUGUUCCCGGUGCCGUCAUCGACGCCCGCCUCAAGCAUUGAAUUGGCAGUCCGGCGAGAAAAGGACCAGGAUGAGGGUGCAGUCAUGGGAACGGUGCGGGGAGACGGGUGUGGUCCUGCUGGGCUUCCUGACGCUGGUAGUGUCUGUGGGGAACCUGUCCACCAGAGGGCUGCAGGAAGACGGCGUGGCGUCCAACAGUCUGGAGGAGGAGCUGGAGGUCACCACAUACUGGUGGGGGGAGUGGGCCAAGUGGACGGCGUGCACUCGAGCCUGUGGAGGGGGAGUGAUGUCACAGGAGCGACACUGCCUCAAACAGAGAAAGAAAGUUGCUGCUGGGAAGGACAACAUGACCUGCACAGGAACCGCAAAGAAAUAUCAUCUCUGCAACACUGAGGAAUGUCCUGCCACUGGGAGGAGCUUCAGAGAGGAGCAGUGCUGGUCCUUCAACUCACAGCUUUACAAUGGGAGGAACUACCAGUGGAAACCUCUGUAUCCUGACGACUAUGUCCACAUCUCCAGUAACCCCUGUGACCUCCACUGCACCACGACCGACGGCCAGCGGCAACUGAUGGUGACGGCACGAGACGGCACGUCCUGCAAGUACAGCAGUUACCGUGGAGUCUGCGUGGACGGUAAGUGUGAGCCAAUCGGAUGUGACGGUGUCUUGUUUUCCUCCAACACCUUGGAUAAGUGUGGGGUCUGUCAGGGGGACGGCAGCAGCUGCAGCAGAGUCACUGGAAACUUCCGCCGAGGAGCCACGACUCUGGGUUACUCUUUUAUCACCCAAAUCCCUGAAGGAUCAUGGGACAUCCAGAUUAUCGAGAGGAAGAAGUCAGCCGAUGUUCUAGCUGUGACCGACCAGGCGGGCAACUUCUUCUUUAACGGGGCCUACAAGGUGGAAAGUCCCCAGAAUUUCCACGCAGCAGGCGCCGUCUUCAAGUACCGCCGGCCCAUGGAUGUGUACGAAACCGGGAUUGAGUACAUUGUCGCCAAAGGUCCCAUCGACCAGCCCAUCAAUAUUCUGGUGUGGAACCAGAACGGUCGCACACCGUACAUCACAUACGAAUACACCGUCCUCCGAGACUCCCUGCCACCUGUCCCGCCUCCACCCGUCUACACGGGAUCAGACACCUCAGCCGGAGAGGUUUCUGUGGAGGUGGGGGGCCUGCUGACCCCCAACAGCAGUAUGUAUGACCAGGUGAUUCCUGACAGCCAGAUGGACCUGGGUGACGGGCAGAAGGGCCAAGAGACCAACGAGGUGUACGAGGAGACGGCGGCCAUCGACUGCGACCAGGAUGGAGUGGUCGGCCCAAAAUUUGCAGAAGGAAACAGCAGUCAUGCAGGCAGCACCGCCAUCCCGGCCCCGGCUGGUGGGCCCCUGGAUACGGGUCCAGACUCCCAAAACCUCAUCUGGAGGGUCCUGCUGGACGGCAGACUCAGCCCCGACGAGCUGCUCAUCAAUAUCUCAACCAACCAGCUGCUGACGGAGGGAGACGGUCUGUUCUCCUCGGAGGUGGGACCGGUGGAGAUGGAUCUGAGCAGCCUGGAGCCAGACGGGCCGUUUGGUGUCAACGAGACGCUGGAGUUCACUCUGGGCCGCAAACGCAACGACAGCGGAGACGGUUCCUAUCAGAACAAAACAGUGCAGAGUGGAGGGAGGAGCUCCACCCGCUCCAACAGAACCAGGGGGAAUCAAAGGAUCUACCAGAAGAACCUGAAGCUGAGUGCUGCCGACAUGUACCGCUGGAAACUUUCCUCUCAGGAGCCCUGCAGCAUGACCUGCUCUAUAGGUGUAUCAAAGUCCUUCGUCACAUGCAUUCGUUAUGACGGCAUCGAGGUGCACGAUAUGUACUGUGACGCUCUGACCAGACCGGAGCCGGUCCACGACUUCUGCAUCGGGAGAGAGUGUCAGCCCAGAUGGGAGGCGAGCAGCUGGAGCGAGUGCUCGAGGACCUGCGGGGAGGGUUUCCAGUUUCGUCAAGUUCGCUGUUGGAAGAUGCUCUCGCCGGGCCUGGACAGCUCGGUGUACAGUGACCUCUGCACCAUGGCCGACCUGGAGAGACCUGUGGAGAGACGGCCCUGCAAGAGCCCCGCCUGCGGCCCACAGUGGGAGGUGGCCGAGUGGACCGAGUGUCCUGCUAAAUGUGGCCGCAAAGCCCAGGUGACCCGCGAUGUCCGCUGCUCUGACGAGACCCGACCAUGUGACCCGAUGACCAAACCACCAAACAUCAAGAACUGCACCGGUCCGCCCUGCGAACGCCACUGGACCGUGUCCGAAUGGGGGCCUUGCUCGGGGUCGUGCGACCAGGGGAAGACGGUGCGUCAUGUGUACUGUAAGGCUCCCGAGGGUCGAGUGGUUCCUGAGUACCAGUGCUCUGCGGAGGAAAAGCCGCUGGCCAUCCACCCCUGCGGAGAGAGAGACUGUGCUCCACACUGGCUGAGCCAGGACUGGGACAGGUGUAACACAACGUGCGGCCGCGGUGUGAAACGAAGGCUCGUCCUGUGCGUCGGCAUCAGUGGAGGAAAGUUCCAGGUGUUUGACGAGGAGGCGUGUGGAGGCACCGAGAAGCCCGAAGAGGAGAACACCUGCUUUGAGAGGCCGUGCUUCAAAUGGUACACCACCCCCUGGUCUGAGUGCACUAAGACGUGUGGUGUGGGGGUGAGGAUGAGGGACGUCAAGUGUUACCAGGGCAGGGAGCUGGUCCGAGGCUGCGACCCCCUCACCAAACCUGUGGCCAAACAGACCUGCACUCUGCAGCCCUGCCCCACCGAGCCGCCAGAUGAGAGCUGCCAGGAUCGUCCCUCCACCAACUGCCUGCUGGCGCUGAAGGUCAACCUGUGCAGCCACUGGUACUAUAGCAAGGCCUGCUGCCACUCCUGCCGCGCCCUCCGCCCGCCGACCUCCUAGUCCGGGACACCGCCGCCUCUCUCCACCACGACUCCAACUCCAGCACGAGGAAAGACAUGGGUACGCUAAAGUUCGAGAGGUACAACAGUUACUGUGAACACUUAGAGGAAGCUGAAAGUCCAGAGCGUCCGACAACAACUUGGAUUUACACGAGUCCAUUUGUCAAGUCGGAUAAUUUAAAUCUGAACAUUUUGUCGGUCUUUUUGAUGCUGCAUCGACUGCAGUGUUCACACAUACAAACUUCCGCCAAUUAUUAUUUUGCAUUUCUUUUCCAAAAACAGAAUGUAAUGUGUUUCUGGUUUAUUCUGGAUGAACAGAGAAGGAAUCUGGUAAAAAGCCAUUUUUAUUUUUAGGAAAUGUUCUCUGCCAUUUAAUGUUUUGGUCAGUUACUUGUUCUGGUGUUGGGAUGGUUUGAACACAGCUGACAGCCAGCACAGAGGUCAGGGGCCCUCACGAAAACCUGAAACAACUCAGCACACAUUAAGUUCCAAAAACUAAUACUUGUUCAGUUAAAUCUGACAUAAGCAGUUUUCAAAAGAGGACAUGAAAAAGUCCGAAAUUGAAAACACCUCCUCUCUCUUUCUGAAGCCCCUCCCACUAGAUGACCAAAGGUGCGUGCGCACGUUUCACACGGUAACCCCGUGUUUAUUAUUCACUGAAUUAUUUCAGUCUGUUCUCAUUCCAAAGUCCUCAAAUACCACCACUUUUGCAGUACUUUAAGCUAAAGAUAUUGACGCUAAAAACCACCUUUCGAAUCCACGUGAAAUGCCACCGGACGUUGUCAGCUGCGAAUGUGGCCAGACCGCACUUUCGUGGUUAUUUUACAUCAUUGGACAGCAGCUAAGCCUUACAUGUGGAUAGGCGUCACUCAAGAACGCGGUCAGACGAACUUGUUGCGUCCGCAUGAUAGACACAGAACAGCGUCAGGUUUAAACGCUGCCUGUAAUGAUAUAAUGUGAUGAGCGUAAGGGCGAGCUGGAGGGACGGUGGCUGAAUCCAACAAACCCCGGACUCAUGCGGGAGUCCAGAAUCCCCUCCCCGUCUGAUUGUGAUGGUUUUACACCCGACCAUGUGCUUUUUUGCCGAAUCCGUACCAUCCGUGGCUGCAUGUGCUAAAUAUGGUGCCUAAAUAUAACCCCGUGCACUGCGAUCCCACCAUGUGCUUGUGUUGACAUCACUGUAGCGGCGUCCUGGCACGUCAACAGCAGCAGAAGGACACCUAGAGCGUAAUAUGAGGACGCACAAAGCUGCAAUAUGUGAUGAUUCGGAAAGAAAACGUGUUGAAUCUUCUGUUCACGGCUACAUUUUCCAAAGUUUGGAGCCAAGAGGAGGCGCAGAAGUCGAGUUUUUUCUCAGACUUGAAAUACAAUAUUCUCAAAGUUUAUUAUCAGAUCUUUUACUCAGUGACGUCAAAUUAAC